GGACUCUUUUGCGCACUUAAAUUUUUAGUUAAUGAAAAAAAUCAAAAAAGAAAAAUCAAUGAUUGGGCUUGAGUUGCAAACUUGCAAACCAUAGUCGAAUUUUGAUCGUCUUGCAGUGGAUACUGGUUAAGGGCUUCACGGGGAUCGGUUGCGGCAAGCGAGAGACACGACUCGAAAGCAAUGUCCGGCCGAUUUUGCGCACAUGCUUUAACGUCGAAAGAGGAGGUCACGAGAAGGAAACUUGCUCCAGAUCUUUAACUAGUUCCCGGCCCGUAUGGCUGUCUCCCUCAGACCAUAUCGUUGACUUUCUAUUUCCCUUCAUCUGUCAUUUUUCACCUUGCUCUUUUUUGGGUGGCUCUGAAGUUUCAAGAUCAGAGUAGAAGACAGGUGUUAGUGUUAUUCAAUAUGUUUCAAAAUAAGGAUGUGUUUCCUGGAUUUGUGGUCUGGAUUAAUCAGACUAUUCGAGAGCCUCUUAAGGCUGAGUUCAAGAGAUUAAAGAAUGUCAAAGAGGAAAACUUGGUUAAAAGUCUUAAGGCAGAGAUAGAGACUACUCAUGAUAAGCAUAGAGAUGAGGAGAAGUUAGAGAAGCAAUUACAAGCUUGGAGAAAUAAUCCUUCAUGGAUUGAUCAACCUCCUAAGGUUCAGGUGAAAACACAAAACGGUUCAUUUUGCCAUUUGAAUGUAGAAGUUAACGUGGGAUUGCCUCCUGAAUCAGUCUACAACAUUUUCACUCAUCCAGACAACAAACGAUACUUCAAGAACAUCAAGGAAUGCAUAUCAAGAAAAGUUUUGACGGAGGAAGGACCAAUGCAGACAGUGGACGUGAAGCAAGCCGCGGCUUGGAAGUUUCUUUGGUGGGCUGGUACUUUCCCUGUACAUCUAAUUGUCCAAGAAAAUCGAAAAAAUCUCACCUCAAAAUAUAAGCAAGAGAAAACAAUGUUCAUGAAAGUGUUUGAGGGUUGUUGGAGAGUAGAGCCAUUGUUUAUAGAUGAACAUUUGUGUGACCGCAUGAAACCAAAAACUCUACAAGAUUACGACAGUUGUAGCAAUGGACGAGGGAGGAUAGGGUCAAAGGUGACAAUGGAUCAGAUGUUUCAGCCUUCUGCUAUACUUACUCCCCCUCCACUUUCUUGGUACAUUCGCGGGAUCACCAUUAAAACCACAGAAAGUAUGAUUGAAGAUCUCCUCGCUGAAGCUGCUAGGCUCCGAGGAGGAGGAGGAGGAGGAGGCCAUGAUGAUGAUGGUCAAGGAGAAAACGGCGCUGUAUUGGAGAAGAGCAAAGAUGAGCACAUAAAGGAGAGAUGGAGAUCACGUAGGAGAAGUAAGGGGAUGAGAUAUACGAAUCGGAGAAUGAUGUAAUUAAUGUAAUUGUGAUUUAAACUUUAUUGAUCUUACAAACUCAAAACUCAUGAUUUUAUGAUUUGCUUCAA